CUCAAACCUUGUCAGAAUCAUAUUCUUCCUUCUUCUUUUUUCCUUCAAGAUUCGAAAAAAUGCGAUUUUUUAUUUGUAUUCAGAAACUUUAGGCUUUUUGCAAAGUGGGUAAACUAAGUGAAUUCUCAGCAGAAGUUAGUAGUUGUGUGUUGCACCAUCGUAGAAAAAUGGGCAUGUCAAUAUCCAAGUUUGUGAAAAUGCUAUUUGCGAAGAAAGAAAUGAGAAUAUUGAUGGUGGGACUAGAUGCAGCUGGCAAAACAACCAUCUUGUACAAGUUAAAACUUGGGGAAAUUGUCACCACCAUUCCUACAAUUGGAUUUAAUGUGGAGACAGUUGAAUACAAGAAUUCAAGCUUCACAGUAUGGGAUGUGGGUGGACAAGAUAAGAUCCGGCCUCUAUGGAGGCACUAUUUUCAGAACACACAGGGUCUAAUAUUUGUGGUAGAUAGUAAUGAUCGAGAUCGAAUUUCAGAAGCCAGAGAUGAGCUCCAUCGCCUGCUUAACGAGGAAGAACUACGAGGCGCCACAAUUCUUGUAAUUGCGAAUAAACAAGACCUUCCAAAUGCUAUGAAUGUUGCAGAAAUCACUGAUAAACUUGGCCUGCAUUCACUCCGUCAACGACGCUGGUACAUACAGAGUGCUUGUGCAACAUCUGGCCAGGGGCUUUAUGAAGGUCUUGAUUGGUUAUCACAUAAUAUCACCGGAAAGGCAUAAAUUCAGAGCUGCAUCCAGCCCAAGAAGUACCUUGUCUUCAAAACCAAACGCCUCGAAUGAAAUCAAUAUGCUACCAUAAUAGAAGCUAUGUCUAUACGUAUAUUCUGAUGCAAGGUUUCAAAAUUGUAAACUUUAGUAUUGAAUCCCAUAGUUUCGCUUAACUGUUUUUUUCUUUUGUGUGUGUGUUAAUUAUGGGGCCAGGGGCAGAUGUAUGAUUGAGCUUUUCGCUCGAAAUUUAUAAAUAUGGUUGAAAAAGUCAUUGGAUGUUCCUGAAAUUAGCAGUAUCGGGUAAAUUUAAUAUAAUAGAUGCCCAUCGGCAUUCCAGCUUUUAUUCUC